UGGAGAGGUCCUGGGGAGGAUGGAGUAGUGCGCGGGGCUGGGCGGCUGCCGGCAGCGCCAUGGAGACGGUGCAGCUGCGGAACCCGCCGCGCCGGCAGCUGAAAAAGUUGGAUGAAGACAGUUUAACCAAACAACCAGAAGAAGUAUUUGAUGUCUUGGAGAAACUUGGAGAAGGGUCCUAUGGCAGCGUGUAUAAAGCUAUUCAUAAAGAGACCGGACAGAUUGUGGCUAUUAAACAAGUUCCUGUCGAAUCAGAUCUUCAGGAGAUAAUAAAAGAAAUCUCCAUAAUGCAGCAAUGUGACAGCCCUCAUGUAGUCAGAUACUAUGGAAGCUAUUUUAAGAACACAGAGUUAUGGAUCGUUAUGGAGUACUGUGGAGCUGGCUCUGUAUCUGAUAUCAUUCGACUACGAAAUAAAACGUUAACAGAAGAUGAAAUAGCUACAGUAUUACAAUCAACUCUUAAAGGAUUGGAAUACCUUCAUUUUAUGAGAAAAAUACACCGAGACAUCAAGGCAGGAAAUAUUUUGCUAAAUACAGAGGGACAUGCAAAACUCGCGGAUUUUGGUGUAGCAGGUCAACUUACAGAUACCAUGGCCAAGCGUAAUACAGUAAUAGGAACACCAUUUUGGAUGGCUCCAGAGGUGAUUCAGGAAAUUGGGUACAACUGUGUGGCAGACAUCUGGUCUCUGGGAAUAACUGCCAUAGAAAUGGCUGAAGGAAAGCCACCAUAUGCUGAUAUCCAUCCCAUGAGGGCAAUCUUCAUGAUUCCUACAAACCCUCCGCCCACAUUCCGGAAACCAGAGCUGUGGUCAGAUAACUUUACGGACUUCGUGAAGCAGUGUCUUGUAAAGAGCCCUGAGCAGAGGGCCACAGCCACUCAGCUCCUGCAGCACCCGUUUGUCAGGAAUGCUAAAGGAGUGUCAAUGUUGCGGGACUUAAUUAACGAAGCCAUGGAUGUGAAGCUGAAACGCCAGGAAUCCCAGCAGCGGGAAGUGGACCAAGACGAUGAAGAUAACUCAGAGGAGGAUGAAAUGGAUUCUGGCACGAUGGUUCGCGCGGCGGGCGACGAGAUGGGCACUGUGCGUGUGGCCAGCACCAUGAGUGAUGGAGCCAGUACCAUGAUCGAGCAUGAAGACACCUUGCCCUCACAGCUGGGCACCAUGGUGAUCAAUGCAGAGGAUGAGGAAGAGGAAGGGACUAUGAAAAGAAGGGAUGAGACCAUGCAGCCUGUAAAACCAUCUUUCCUUGAAUACUUUGAACAAAAAGAAAAGGAAAACCAGGUCAACAGCUUUGGCAAGAGUGUACCUGCUCCACUGAAAAAUUCUUCUGAUUGGAAAGUACCACUGGAUGGAGACUAUGAGUUUCUUAAGAGUUGGACAGUGGAGGACCUUCAGAAGAGGCUCUUGGCCCUGGACCCCAUGAUGGAGCAGGAGAUUGAAGAGAUCCGACAGAAGUACCAGUCCAAGCGGCAGCCAAUCCUGGAUGCCAUUGAGGCUAAGAAGAGGCGGCAGCAAAACUUCUGAGCUAGGCUGGGACCAGGCCGUGGGUCACUCGGCUCGCUCACCUCCACGUUUGUUCUCCAGCACUUCUCUUUUUUUCCACAGCACCUCUGUGAACUCAGGAACGUGCGCCAGUGGGAAGGGCUGCCCCAGUCAGCGUGCCAUCUUGUUGUGUAUCUGUGUGGAUCAGCUGUGUUAUUUCAAAAGGUGGCGCUUUUAACUCAGAGUUUUACAUCCCAGGAACAGAGACUCCUAGUGGAGUGAUAGCUGGGAAAGUUUUACGUAAUCUUUUUGUUUUCUUCUCCUAAUAGCUUUCGAUUGUUCUUUCUGGAAGACUUUUGAAAGAUAUAUAAAUAUGCACAUAUAUAUAUAAAUUAUGAAUAGAUUCCCCACUCAGUGUGGUGGCAUCACUGUACAGGUACAGUUUUGAACAGUUGCCUCUUUUCUGUAAGAUUAUGGUACUGUGGAACAAGGGGGCAGAGGACCCCUGGGGGCUGAAUCCCAGGAGCCAGCCUCGCCCUUUGUAGGACUACUUUUAAAAAUAAGGCUUUGUGUAGUUUUCAGCCUCGCAUGGUCGCCACUGGCCUCUGGGGCUGUUGGUGGUGUCCCAGGGAAAGCUUUGAGGGUUUGUAUUUGCUCUUUGAACCCCAGAAGCGGCCUGGCAUCCUCUUUGCCCAUCCUAUUUCAAUACCUCUCAUCCAUCUCCACUCUCCAAACUGCCUGAAGUCACAAUACAGAUACUUCCCAGUGCCUUACAAGGAGACGUGAUCCAGCGAAGGGACAGGCCUGCCAGGAGCUCUCAGCAAACCUGCAGCUGUGCUAAGCCUCCAGAAGGGAAAGGUUUUCCAAGCUCUACAUGUGUGUUCAUGUGAAAGUCACACACAUGGCAUUUUUCUCUGCAUUGCUUAUAGACAGGGUAGAGGGCAUUGCUGUUGCCGAUUCACGUUCAUAUGUGACUCUUCUUUUUCUUGUACCAUUAAGGUGUUUGGAUACCUGGCUAAGGUUUCUUUUCCAGGAAGCUCAACACAGACAUGUAGAGUGCCUGAGCUGGGAGGGGCCGUAGAGAUCAUGUGGUCUGGUCCUUUGUUGUGUAGAUGGGAAAACUGAGGCUUAGAGAAGGGAAGUGACAUGAGGCACUCAAAAUCAUGAGGCAAAUCAGAGUAAGAAUGAGACUAGAACUUGGAGCUCCCCUCCUGGGCCACGUAGCCAAGCAGCCCUUUGACAUGUGUCAAUUCUAAGUUAGGGUAUCCCAGGGAGCUCGUCCACAAGAAGUUGUUCUUGCCUGGCCAAGCACUCGUGGAAGACACUGAGGCCUGAGGUAGACCAAGGACUUUGCCAGACAGCAUGGAGCCAGCCUCCUGCAGCUUUGGCUCAAGGCUCCAUGAUGGUGAGGCACACAGCAGAGUAGACAGUUAGGAAAGACAAGUAUCUUUUUAUUUUCUUCUAGUAUUCCUUCCUUCCUUGAGUUAGGGGAGCCACGGCUGGGUUACACCUGAGGAAACUAAUUUGACUGCAUGAUUGCUACCCAGAGAAUGUUCCUCUUCUGUAGUCAGAUUCUGUUUAGUUUUGUUGUUUUGUUUUGUUUUUGUUGGUUUUUGUUUGUUUGUUUUUGCAACUAAAGCAAGUUUUUAAAAAUGUAGGAAGCAGUUGUUGGUCUUCAGGGCUUGGUCAGUGGAGUAACUGUGUGGCAGAUAUGCAAAACAGAAGACAGUUUGUGUUGCUAGAAUAAUAAAUGGCAGCCAGCACCUGCUGACCACCUGCUCUUGGCGGACAGGGCAGGCUCUCAACUUCACAAUCACCGGUGAGUUAAGUGCUUUACCUCUGUUUCAUAGAUGAAGGAAUGGGUUUAGGGGGAAAGGGUCUUCUCACGGCACUAGAGCUGCGAGGUGGUAGAAUCACUGUCCAGGUCCAAUACUCAUAUUUAAGAGGAAGAAGAAAAUCAAAAGUGUGUUUAAAAUGAAGCGACUAAAUAACUUUAUGUGACAUUUUCAGGUUAGAAAAGAGCUGAAUUAGUAGUCAAGUCGGACAAACAAUUGGGUUUUUAAAGCAGAAGCAUUGAGCAAAAAUACCCCCAUGCCAGUUGCUGUGCUAUGGAAAACCCUGCCUCAUCCUCCUUUUUUAAACAGAGAACUUUGUCUUUGGUCAGACAGGAGGAGAAAGCCCAUUUCCUCCCUCAGCUGGAUCCAAGUAAAAGGAAGUUCAGUUUUUCCCCAUAAAUAUUCUUGGGCCAUGAACCCCGAUCUGGAAUUUGUUUCGUUUCAAGCUUGUGUGCACCUAAACAGUCUAUUGCUCAUCAUCAGUCUAGCUGGACAGAGCCCUUUGGCCAGAAGUCAGUUUGUUUUGGAUCAGAUAAAUUUCCUGGCAAGGUAUAUUUGCCUUCUAGUGACAGGCAGAGUAGCAAGCCCUAGUCAUUUUUCCCUUGAAAACUAAAUUUAAGAUAUUUUACUUUGUUUUCAUUGAGCCCUGAGCCUUAGUCAUUGCUUGAGUAUUUGCAACUCAAGCUUCCAGGGAACACUGUGGCCCUCACUUGUUUUCUGCUUUUAGAAAAACAAUGACCCGUACCUAGCUGUGUCUUCAGAAGCCUUCAGAAUAUUCUCUAAAAGUAUCUUCAUUUCUCCCUCAUUAGUAAUUUUGAAGCACAUGUCUAUUCUUCUUUCUCCUUUUCCCCAACCAACCAUUGAAUGGAUGAGUGUUUGACUAAUUAGGGGUGAGGGGAAGAUGGUGGGUGGGUGGGUGGAUGGACAGAUGGAUAGAUAGAACCAGUAAUCUAAAGUAACUUAAGAAUGAUAGCUUUGAUUUCGUGAGACUAGAUUCUGAUCCAGGAAAUAUUCACUUAGCACCUACUACAUGCCAGAAAUUCAUAACACCACUUAAAACUCAGUAGCUUUUUCCGAUAUCAGAAAUGAGAGAAGUGACAUUACUAUAGAUCCUACAGAAAUUAAAAGUUAGUGAUAGGGUAUCAUGAACAAGUCGAUGCUAACAAAUCCAACAAAUUAAAUGAAAACGGGCAAACUCCUUGAAAAAUACAAAGCACCAAACCCCACUCGAGAAGAAAUAGAUAAUCUAAAUAGGCUUAGAUCUUUCUUACAGAGACUUAACAGCUCUCAAAUGAGAAAGCAGGCUCAGAGAAGUACAGUUUGUUGCUCAAGGUCACAUUGCUGGAUGUGGCAAAGCCCAGAUUCAAAUCCGGCUUCUCUGAUUCAUAUUCCAGUGUCCUUUCUAACGUACCACGUUGCCUCUUAAAGAUUGCAGCUCCUUAUCUGCUGGGAAAUUGGUCCUUCCCAAUCCACGCCGUUCACCCUGCCCUAUCCUUUCUUAAGUAUUAGGUUUGUGUUUCCAACAGGAUUGUAUCAAUUGGCUUUGGAAUCCAUGUUCUUGUUUGUGUUUGCAGGAAAAAAAAUCUCUUCCACCAGCUUGUACUCAGACCAACUUAGGGUGGGGGGUGGGGUGGGAACUUACAUGCUGUUGCUGAUGAACAAUUUGAAAAUGUGAAGUUUGUAGCUUUAACUUUUUAUAAUGAAAACAAGUAACACUGGCUUAAGUGCUGACUUGAAAUGCUAUUUUUAAGGUUGAAUGUAAAUAAUCACUUGAGGUCAGCAGUUUGUAUAUGUGUGAGAUGUAGCUUCCUCCCUUGGCCCCCACCCUGAACCCCUUUUUGAAACUUGAGAUGCUUCCUACGUGCUUUUAUUUUAGAAUUGUUGUUCUCCAUCCUUUUUCUUGCACUUUGUCCCGUUGUUUUAAAUAAACUGUCCUUUGGACAACAGACUGUCGCCCUCUUAAAAGA